GAUAAUUUGAUAAAUUAAGAAAACCUUAUAGCCAUAGCUAGCAUUGACAGAGAAGACACUUGCAUGGAAUCGCAAGUGUUUUUUUUACUACGUGUUUACUAAAACGUUCAAAUUGUACCUACUUAAGUCUUAGGUAUUUACUUUCUAUUAUAUGCUGAUAAAUAUGAUUAUAGGCAAAAGUAAAUAACGCAAAAUAUAACGGAAAAGGAUUUAUAAUCCACCUCUUGAUCGAAGUGUGUUUAUUUAAUCUAUGGUACAAUGACAUCCAUUUGCCGAUUGUUGUAUUUGUUUGAUCUAAACAUAUAAAUGAGAUAGUGAUAAGUAUGUCUAUAAUAGUCGACUGAUAAGAAAGAUGAGAUUUUUAUUACAUAAGAGUAAAUUCCUUGUAUACUAAUUAAUACGUAAUUCAUAAAAAAUGGCGACUCGUUUGUUUGGUGACCCUGCACUGAUAAAUUUUUAUGGUGAUAUGAUUGAAAAAGAAAAAGUUUGCCGCACACGUUGGUUUGAGAAGAAUCCACAGCGUAUACAGUCCGCAAUUACUUUGAACAGGGAAGUCAAAAAUUACUCUGCUACUGAUGUUCAAAGGUGUCGUAUAGAUGGUAGUAUGGGGAUUUUAGCGAAGUACCAUAAUACGAGCUUUCAAACUCGGUACAAAUUACCCCCUCGAGACAUUGAUCUGGUAAAGCUAGACAACAUCAAAGAAAGUGUACCAUGCAUGAAGCCAGUACCAGAAGAAAUAAAGAAAUUAUUGCACACCGAUCAAAGGACGAUUUACUUAAAAAGGCGUUAUACUGAACCUCCAGUUAAAAGGUACAACUUCAUAGAGUGUACCAGUUGGUUACAUGGAUGGCAAAUUGAUCCAAGCAAUUUGAAGGGUUCGGCUUACGGAAGAAGAUACUCUUAUGUCAAAGGUUUGGGGCCUCAAGCGGACCCGCCACAUUACCGGGACUGUAAGGAUAUCUCCAAUUUAUGCAUAUAGUAUACGUAGUACGCCAAAGUGGAGAAAGAUUGAUUGCAUUUAGGUACUUAAUGUAAGAAAAGAGUUUAUAAUUUAGUUAUAAUUUUAUUUAGUUUCUAUUAAGACGAAGAUUGUCUUCAUUACUUUAAGUUUCACAAUACAUUCUAACUUAGGCUACGUGUAUACCAUUUAUAAACA